AUGACGGACCUGCACAGUUCUGUUUAUUGCGUAAACAUGGUUGAGAUUCCUGGAAUUUUGGAAGUUCGGAAGCAGGUAUCGAGACUAUUUCCAUUCAACGAUGCUUGUCAGUGGUUCAUCGACCGAGCAGAUAUAAUAUUCCUGGUAUACGAUCCAUCCAAAUUGGACGUCGGACCAGAAACAGAAGCUAUUUUGGAUCAGCUAAAAGGACGAGAAUAUCAAACUCGCAUCAUCUUGAAUAAAGCUGACCAAGUUAAGCCGGAGGAGUUGAUGCGCGUUCAGGGCGCCCUUAUCUGGAAUAUCUCCCCGCUGAUGUCGUCAGCCCAGCCGCCGGUCAUGUACACUGCUUCACUCUGGUCUAUACCAUAUGAGUCUGGUGCGCCAGUCAGACUUCUGCAGGCCCAGGAGAGAGAGCUGCUAAAAGACUUAAGAGGAGCCAUCGAUAAGAGAAUCGAUAAUAAAAUUGCCAGCGCUAGACGAUUUGCGGUUCGCGUACGCAAUCACGCCAAGAUGGUUGACUGUUACUUGACGACUUAUUAUAACCAUAAGACAUUGUUCAGCAAUAAGAAGUUGAUAUCAAAUGCCAUCAUCGAGCACCCACAAGAUUACCACAUUUACGAGGGAUUGAGCACGCUGACUAAUAUCUCACGUUAUGAUCUUCCCGAUCCUGAUGUCUACCGUGACUUCUUCCGGCUGAACCCUCUCUACGACUUUCAGCAGUUGUCGGCCACUUGUACGUAUUUCCGUGGUUGUCCCAUCAACAAGUUAGAUGUGGCCAUUGCCUACGAUUUGCCUGAACUGGUUGGAAAAUACAAGAAGAUGAUUGAAAAAGAGGAAAAAGUCAAAGCGCAUGAUAAAAGCUGAAAAAAUCCACAAUAGAAAACAAGAGAAUGGGGAAAUGACGCGUUCAUUUUUCAAAUCAUGUAUGUUCACAUUUCACAUUGUUAUAUUCAUAUAUGCCGGUGAGAUUAGAUUUCAACUUGCGGGAAUUGCGAGGUACCUAGUCUUGAUUUUGUGUUAAAAUUUGAAAAUAUUUUUUUCCUCUAAGUUUCAAAAGAACAGCGUUUACAUUUUACAAUAUCGUAAUGACGAAUCUUUCAAUUUUCCAUGCUGAUUUUAUUGCGAUGAAUGUUGAUACGAACGCGUUUACCGGCUCAUUCUCUGCCUACUUAUUGUUAGUCGUGCGCAAACUUACGAUAAAAUUCAGCGCUUGCACGGGUCUACACGUCUCAUUGUCAGAGGGAACAUCGGUUAUAAAUUUUUUUAACAAGUUUGAUGGAAAAUCAAAAAUAUUUUCCAAGAUUUGUUCCAUGCGAUACAUUUAUCUAUUCACAAAAUAUGUGUUCAUAAUAAUUUA